CCACUAUAGCGCGCCGGAAUCGCGCCGAGCGUCGUCACGCCGUCGCCGAGCACCGAUUUCGCGCGAACCGCCGACACGCACACAAACGCGCAUGCGCCCGCUCAAGCACAAUUAUUAUACACAUAAUACACCGUCGUAAACACACGCACACGCGCACACACGCGCACGCAAAAACGCGCGUGCGCUCAUUUACGCGAAGCGCCGGUGUCGCCGCCGUUGUCGUCGCACCACCGCCGCCGGUCACUGGUACCGUUGCUGUCGACGUCAGUCCACCACGAGACCACGACACGCAUUUGUCUUGCGUCACACAACUUGCACGUAUUUUUCACUCUGUCCAAAAAAAAAUUUACUUACACAUACUCUUAAAUAAAUAAAUAAAAAACCCACACACAAACACACAUACACUCACACAUAUAUAUAUAUACAUACAUAUAUAUAUUAUAUACUUAGCAACGUGUAUACGUAUAUAAUAUUAUAUAUUAUGUAUGUGUGUAUGUAUGUAUGAAUUUUUAUACAUGUGACAUAAUAUUAUUAUACUGUCGUAAUAUAAUAUUAUAGUCUCCGACACGUUGCCCGUCGGACGAAAUAUUAUUAAUCGACCGUUGUCGGAUGAGACCACGCGACGACGACUAGUCGUUCGUACUCUGAGCGGUUAAGACAUAAAAUAAAACAUAAUAUAAUUAACAAAAUAUAUAUACAAAAAAACUCGUUAUCAUCGAAUACAGUUAUUAUCACACUCUUGCCCCGUGAGACGACGACGACGAGGCGACGGACAAAAUUUUUGCCGGUAUCGGCGUCCAAGGGGGCUUUUGACGGGCCGUCCACCAGCGGCAACGUACGUAUUCCGCACUGGCAGAAUACACACGUGUUGGCACGUUUCCACGUUUUACACAUUCAUCGAGAAAAGAUUUCAAACAGAAAAUUGACGGUUUAUCAGGUUCUCAAACGGACUAGAACAAUUCUUAACUCAAGUUUUCUUGAGAAGCAUUGAAGCAUAAUGGCGGCUUUUGUGGCAAAGCAAGUGGUCGGAAACAAAUUAAACGCCGUAAAAGGGGCAGUGGGCGAUGGCGGUGAAUCGGCCGAAGACAAAGAGAAAAACGCAGAAGCAGAGAGGGAACGGUUGGAGGCGAUCCGGGAGGCCGAGGAAAGACGCAAAGAGAAACACCGCAAAAUGGAGGAAGAGCGGGAGAAAAUGAGACAAGAAAUCCGAGAUAAGUACAACAUCAAAAAGAAAGAAGAAUUACCCGAACCGGUACAAGAGGAGCCCGCCAAUCCGUUGAUGCGCAAAAAGAAAACGCCCGAAGAGCUGGCCAAAGAGGCAGAAAUGGAAGAAGAGGACGAAUUUACGAAGUUGAAGAAUACCAUCGAGACACAAGUGAACGAACUCAAGUCUCAAAUCGAGAGCAAGUGCAGCCUCCAAUGAGGUGUGUUCAAAAACAAUGCGGAACAAAUAUGAUAACCUAAUGCAAAAAAAAAAAAAAACAAAAAACAUUUUAAAAACCAUAAGAAACCUAAAACAGCGUACAUUUUCAACAAAAAAAAAAAAGUAAAAAUAUUGUGAUUCAAACCCAUUUAAAAUAAUAUAUUAUUAUUAUUAUAUAGAACAUUAUUAUUAUAUUAUUAUUAUGAUAUAAAAAUAUAUGUGCGUACGUGACGUAUGCACAAGUAUUUAUAAAUAUAUAUAUAUAUAUAUAUAUUAUAAAUAUUAGGAUUUAAAAUAUUAUUAUUAUUGUUGUUGUUGUUAUUGUAUAACAUUUAUAAACGUCGAGUUAGAUUUUCAGCAGUUUUUAAAACGAAAUCGAAGUAAAAAUAUAAUAUAUAAUAUAUUGUUAAUUAUUGUGAAAUUAAAAAUUUAUAGAGCAAGUGAAGCAUUAGCACACGUCUUUUGAAUCUUUACUAUAAUAUAAUAUUAAUAUUAUAAUAUAAUAUACGUAACAAUAAUAUAUUAUUAUUAUCGUCAUGACGUGUCCAGUGUUGUACGCGCCUGCGCAGACAUAUUACACUCGACACGUCCUGUAAAAAAUAAUAAUAUAUUAUAUUUUACAUAUUACACAUUCUAACGUAUUUUUUUAUUUCAAGUUAUUGAAGAUUUUCACUCGUUCAAUAUUAUAAUAAUAUAAAUAUAUAAUAUUAUAUAGAUGUGUAUAAUAGUAGUUUGAGGUAUAGCGGGUACACAUAAUAUAUUCAUAAUAUAUACUGUCUUAAUAUUAUAAUAUAUAUUAUACGGGUUACGAUGUAAAAUAGAGGUAAUCGUGGUUUUUCGUCAUUUCACUUCUCGUCAACAAAUCAAAAAAAAAAAAAAAUUAAAUAAAUAAAAAAUAAUAAUAACGUUAUCGAUAAAAUAAUUACAUAAUAAUAUAUUAUUCUGUUAGUAGUGUUUUUUAUUUUAUUUUUUACCUUGGGGAUCAAACGUUUUCGUUUUCUUUGUAGUUUUCGUUUUUUUAUUUUUUUUUUUUCGAGGGACGACAAUAAUAAUAAAAAAAAAGUACCAUAAAAAUAAAUACAAUAUUUAUACCUCGUUAUUAGCCGUUCUCUGAAACACGGUAUAUCCCAUCAUUCUGAACAAUUAUUUAACGUUUACAUAAAAAAAUAUUAUAAUUCUAUUUUAUUUCGGUAAACAAUUAUUUUUGUAUUACUUUAGUUUAGUUUGGUUUUUUGUUAUAAGGCCAACGUUUUUGUCAAUUAUGUUUGAUGCGUUCAGUUUUUCAUCGUUUCGUUUCGUUUUCCCAGCAGCAGCACAAUAUAUUGUCACCGUUACAUACAUAUAAUUAUUAUACCAUUAAAUUAUUAUUAUUAUUAUUAUUAUUACUAUUAUUACAAUAAUACAUGUCAUGAUAUUAUUAUUAUAAUAUACUUUUAUACCCUAUUUACUUAUAUUAUUAUACUCUCUUACUUAUUAUUAUUAUUUUUGUUGUUAUCGUCACAGUUUCAAAUCUCUUUUAUCAUUUGUAUUGAGACAAUUUUUUUUUAGAUUUGACUUUUUAGGUUACACCGCGCGUUAUGUAUUUCAACCGGACCCAAGCUUUUACGUUUCGCUUGUUCUACGGGUUCUUUGUUUAUUGUGGACGUUUUUAACAAAAAAAAAAUUAAAAAUUAAGACACCGUUUCGAACUUCAAACAUUAUAUGCCGUCUUAGACCAUUCUACUAUAUACUGUCACUCACUGUCUCUCACUUUCUAUUGAUCUAUCUCUCUCUCUAUCUCUCAUUCUGUUGCAAACAUUUCAAUAUUUGGAGAAAAAAAUAUAUUAUAAUAUAUAUAUUUGUUUAAAAAAAAAAUCAGGCUGUGAAUAUUCUCAAACGAAUAAGCUAUUUGCCAUCUAACUUUGUUUUUAUUGUUUUGCAGCAUUCAAACGACGAAUGUGUAAAAAGUAAUUUCAUAGACUGCUCAAAAAUUAUCUAAAUUAAUAUUAGAAAAAAUAUUGAUUAAAUUAUUUGUACUGAUUGUAUAUUGAAUUAUAUAGGUGUAUUAUUGAUAAAAAUUAAACAUUUAUAUAAAAUUUUAACGACGAACCUAAAAUAAAUUUUGUUUGUACCAGUCGAACGACUCCGGUCUGCACGAUCCACAAUAAUAUUAAAUAACAAACAUGCGAAAUUAUAUAAUUUUAUUUUAGUGUAUAAUAACAUAGUCGUACAAUGUGUAAAUAGUGUUUUUGUGUUAAAAUAUUAGUUGUUAUUUUUAUUAUAAUUAUUAAUAUUAUUAUUUUCGUUUAGAGUCGUAUAUUAUAUAUAUAUAUAAUAUAAUUUUAAAUAUUUAUUGGGAUUUUAUAUGUAGAAGAGACAUGUUAUUUAAUAAAAAAAAAAACUUAUUUAUAAAUAAUAGAAAAUGUAACAAAUUUUAGAAGACAAAAAACUACUAUUACUAUAAAUUAAAAUUAAAAUUAAAUAUAAAUUAUAUUCUAUAGAUGUUUAAAUAUUAUAUUCGUAUGUGCGAAUCAAUGAUUUCCGUCUGUGUUAAUGGAUUCGAAUUCUUAGUUAGUAAUUUUAUUUAUUUGUUGUUUAUUUUUUAGAACUUCGAUGGAUGUGAACCAGUAAAAUACGAUUGUUCAAAUACCCA